AUGCCAAGCAUUGAGUCGGAAGAUUUGGCUGAGGAGUUAAUGAAGAUUGAAGCAUUUUCUGCCGAUGAAACAGGCAAGCGUAUUGUAGCCGAGCCUUUAAAUUAUGCACUUUCCGGAAUUGUAGACUUGUUGUCUAACAAAGAAAAAAUCGGUCCGAAAAGGCUGAAAGAACUUGGUUCUGACUUCUUUCGACACAGAGAUUUGUAUAUCUUGAUUUUAAAGAAAAUCAUCCCUAGAAUACCUGAUUUACAUGAGGAAGUGCAAUUUUGGAACAUGUAUCAUUUUUUGCGAUUUCUUCCUCUUCCGUCCAAAAAUAUGCAUACUGCUUUUUACGAUACAAAAGGCAAUAUUAUAAGUAGACACUGGAAAAUCGGAAAAGCAAAACGAUACUAUCAAGAAGCUUGGCUACUGUUAGCGAAGCAUGAGCUACCCAAGCCAUUGUUGAAAAAGAUGAUACCAUAUCUGAGCGAACAUGUGAUCGAUUCAUUGAAGGAGCCUUUUCUUAUUGGCGAUUUCUUAUUUCGCAUUUUUAAAAUGGGCGAAAUUUUUGCAAUACUUUCUCUAGCUGGAAUUUUCAAAUUGGUUGUGAAAUAUAACUUCGAAUUCCCAAAUUUUUAUCAGUUCGCUUACGGGUUGAUAACGCCAUCUGUAUGUUAUCUGAAUUAUCGGAAAAAAUUCUUCACACUUCUGGAUACUUUUCUUUCAUCAUCACACCUUCCGAUAUACAUUGUCGCAGCAUUUGUGAAACGUUUGUCUUGGCUGACUCUUUUAGCCCCUGUUUCGUGUCAGGAACCUUUAUUUGCUUUAAUAGGAAAUUUGAUUACACGACACAAGGAUGUGGAAUUUCUGGUGCAUAGGGAUAAUCCAGAAAUAUUUUCUGAUGAUCCCUAUGACGAGAAACAAAUGGAUCUACAAAAAUGUGGAGCUAUGGAAAGCUCACUGUGGGAAAUCAAGGCGUUGCAGCGACAUUGGUUUAUAAAUGUAGCAAGAAGGGCAAAUUUCGUUGACAAAGGGGUGCAAAGGAUGGAGUCGUUUGUGCGCUGGGAAAAUGACGACCAGUACUUUACGAAAUUAUUAUCCAGAAAAUUUGGAAGUGAUCUCUUGAAAUACAAGGAGGAGGAAAAAUUCCGAAGAAACCAGGAUCAAGAAUCUUCGGAUAACGACUCUCAGAAUGAUGGUCAUCCAGUUAAAAAGCGACCAAAACUAUUUAGGAAUAUGACAGAUUGUAGCUAUGCGAUUGCAAUUAAUGACAAAGAACCACCAGUUCAUCUUUUUAAUGAUGAUUUCAAAGCACAGAGUUUUCCUGCGCAACAACCUGAUAUUUCUUUCCGGGAUUAUGUAUUCUCUUACAACCAACUCAAGUUUAUGCCAUCAGCUCAGUUGAUUCGAGUUCUUUCCUUGUUUGGAAGAAAUCCACUGCGUCGGAGUGUGCUGGGCUUAUGCCAGAAUGCUUCAGAAAUCCCAGCAACUUCGGAAGAACUAGCCUUAUGGAAGAUCGAAAGAAGCAAUCCAUUUAUCGAAAUCCCUCAGGCAUGGGUCACAACACUGGCAAAAAAACAGGAAUCUCGGGUGGAUUUAAUCAGUUUACAUCCAUGUAUUUUCCGAACCAUGCCAAGGAUUGAUUUGCUGCAUCGUAAUAUCACUUGGCAAGAGAAUUAUCGAAAUUUAGCUAUAACGAAGCAGCUAUCCAAGAAAGAAAUGCCCGGUGGUGGACAUAAGCCGUGGCCACAGAAAAAAACUGGUCGACAUCAUGCCGGUUCAAUCAGAUCUCCCCAUUUUCGUUUGGGCGGUUUCGCUAAUGGAAUACGCGGACCUAAGACAUGGUUCUAUGUUCUGCCAGAUGCGAUUAGGUUGGAAGGUUUAUGUGUAGCAGUGACAAUUAAACAUGCGCAGAAUGACUUGGUGAUCGUUGACGAUUUCGCUAGCCUGCCGAGUGAUGAGGCCCAAUUUGUACACGACCUCGCGGAUUCCAGAAACUGGGGUUAUUCAGUAUUAUUUAUCAACGAAAGUUCCGAAGUAUCUGGGAACCUGGCAAAGGUGUGCGACGACAUACCGACAUUCAACGUUAUGCCAGUCUAUGGAAUAAACUGUUUUAGCUUAGUAAAGCACGACACUGUAGUAUUUUCUCUAGCAGCUCUUCGACUAUUCCAGUCGCGUAUACUUUUCCACAAGAAUCGAGCGCAGACUUUACAAAAAAAAUACCGUUAUGUUGAUUACAAAAAGAUUAUCAUGAACGAAGCGGAAAAAGAAGUUGAUCCAAUUCACGUGCCAUUUAUUUGA